GAGAACCUUUUUAACAAUUAGUAAAAUAUAAGUCACGAUAACAUUUUAGUUAAUUUUACAAAUGAAUUGUCAGCGAGAGCCAGCAGAAUAUCCGCUUGCUGUUAAAUAUUGCGGCAACUGCUCCAUGCCGUUCGAAUAUUGCGAGUAUUAUGUGGAGUAUGACAAAUGCAAAGAGUGGCUGGCAAAGAAUCAUCCUGAAGACUAUGAAAAAUUAUUGCUAAGAGAAGCUGCCGAGGCGACAUGUGCAGGUGGAGAAAAGAAGCGUCAGACGCGUGGUGGCAAAGGGCUCGCGCGCUGUAAGAAGCUUAACGCCACCGAUGAGGAUGCAGCGCCCAAACGUGUCUGUCUUACAUGCACCACGCGUGGCAAGAAUAAGCGUGUUACGAUUGUUGUAGGGCUGGCUGCCUAUAAAAUUGAUUUACGUGCGGCUGCAAAAUUCUUUGGCAACAAAUUUGCCUGCGGUUCAUCAGCUACAGGCACCGACGAAAUUGUCAUACAAGGCGAUGUUAGGCAAGAGCUGCUAAUGGUUAUACCCGACAAGUGGCCUGAAGUGGCAGUUGAAGCUAUUGUGGAUUGUGACGAGAGUAAAAAAUGAACGUAAAUCAUUU